CAAACCUAUAAAAAUGAUGAGGCCAAAAAUGCAUUUUUUCCUAGCCUAAUUUCCUCUGAAAAUCCUUAUAACAAGCUCACCGCUUAGAGUGCAAAACUAAUGCCACAGCACUUUUCAUGGAGAUGCCCCGUUGCCACACAAUUAUCAAAACUACAUUGCCUCUUACAAUUAUGUGCCAGAAAAAGAGAACCCAUGUUAGGAAAGGCUUGCCAUGCACAAGCUAUCUUGCAUUUUGGGCUAACAGCAGACACUCUAACGUCAAAUAUGCUAAUUAAUGUCUACUCAAAAUGUGGCCGGAUCGACUGUGCUCGUAAAGUGUUCGAUAAAAUGCUUGGAAGAAGCUUAGUUUCGUGGAACACCAUGAUUGGUACCUAUACCCAAAACGGGGAGGAGCAGAAGGCUCUUGGUCUUUUCUUGGAAAUGCAAAGGGAAGGAAACCCUUUCAGUGAAUUUACGGUUUCAACUGUACUUUGCGCUUCUGCUGCAAAAAGUUAUACUUUUGUAUGUAAGCAAUUGCAUGCAUUUGCUAUGAAGGUCGCCAUGGAUGCAAAUGUUUACAUAAGUACUGCAUUGCUUGAUGUUUAUGCCAAAAGUGGUUUGAUAAAAGAAGGGAUUCGUGUUUUCGAAGGGAUGUCGGAGAGGACUGCUGUUACGUGGAGUUCUAUGGUGGCAGGGUACGUGCAAAAUGAGCUUUAUGAGGAGGCUCUGGCUUCUUUUAACAGAGCUCGAGCAAUUGGACUGGAAUAUAACCAGUUUACAAUAUCUUCUGUUUCUUGUGCAUGUGCAGGUUUGGCAGCUUCAAUUGAGGGGAGGCAGGUGCAUGCUGUUGUUUGUAAAACUGGGUUUGGCUCAAACAGUUAUGUGGCUUCCUCUCUUGUUGACAUGUAUGCUAAAUGUGGUAGUGUUAAAGAGGCUUAUAUCGCCUUUUUGGAUGCUCAAAGGACGAAUAUUGUUUUAUGGAAUGUUAUGAUUUCUGCGUUUGCUAAGCAUUCUCACUCUUUGGAAGUAAUGAUUUUGUUUGAAAAAAUGCAGCAGAUAGGCAUGCAUCCGGAUGAAGUGACAUAUGUUUCAGUAUUAUCGGCAUGUAGUCACGUGGGUCUUGUUGACAUGGGACGGAACUAUUUCAACCUUAUGAGGAAAGAGCACAAUGUGCCACCAAAUAUACUUCACUAUUCGUGCAUGGUUGAUAUUCUUGGUAGGGCAGGACAAAUAUGUGAAGCUCAUGAAUUGAUAAAGAAUAUGCCAUUUGGUGCCACCGCUUCCAUGUGGGGAUCAGUUUUGGCAUCUUGCAGGAUUCAUGGCAAUCUUCAAUUAGCUGAGAUUGCAGCUAAGAACUUGUUUAAGAUGGAACCUGAUAAUGCAGGAAACUAUGUUUUGUUGUCAAACGCAUAUGCUGCUAGUAAAAAGUGGAAGGAAGCUGCAAAAGCAAGGAAGCUUCUUAAAGAAAAACAGGUAAAGAAGGAAACAGGGAAGAGUUGGAUUGAAAUUAAGGACAAAGUUUAUACAUUCAUGGUAGGAGAGACGAGCCAUCCUAGAACUUUUGAUAUUUAUCUAGAGUUGGAUAACUUGCUGGAAGAGAUGAAGAAACUAGGCUAUACGCCUCAGACAGGUUACGAUCUUCACAAUGUGGACGAGAACACAAAACAAGAACUUUUAAGACACCAUAGUGAGAAACUGGCGCUUACUUUUGGGCUGAUGUGCUUACCUCUCAGUGCCCCUAUCAGAAUUAUGAAGAAUCUACGAAUUUGUGGGGAUUGCCAUUCUUUUAUGAAGCUUGCAUCAAGCAUUAGGAGGAGAGAAAUUAUUGUUAGAGAUGUAAACAGGUUUCAUCAUUUUAGGUCUGGAUGUUGUUCUUGUCGGGAGUUUUGGUGAACACGAAUUUACUAAUUCUAUUACAAUGGUUUUGAAGCUAAUGGCUAUGAUAUACCACCAAAUAUUUUGUAAAUGUUUUGGCUAAGCAAGCCCUGUAUCAAAGCUUCUGUGUGAAUCUGGUUUUCCAAGUGAGCUGGCUUAGGAAAAAUGCUCAGUUGUACGAGUCAUGUUCACAAAUAAAAUUGUUUAUAUCUUUUAGUCAAAAAAAUGGUUGCUAAAGCAGAUGGUUUUUAUAUGGCCUCCAUUCUUUCAAUUCAGUAUGAUUUCAGA